AUGGCGCCCAAGGACGACGACACCGACUCGGAGCCGGAAGCGGAAGCGAUGGACACCAGUUCACCAGCGGCAACGGCGACCAGACAUCGAAACGAUUCCGAAGACUUUGAGGGUCAACAAAACAACAACAGGAACAGUGGCCACAACCAGGAAGAGGAGGAGGAGGACACCGACACCGAGGCGCCAGCAGCAGCAGCAGCCGCCGCAGACGACGGCAACGCCACUGAGACGGAGAUGAACGCCGAGGAGGAACAGGAGCAACUACUGCUCCAAGAAAAGCAGUCCUCCUCUUCGAAAAAGCUGAAAAAACGAAAGCUUCGCGACUCAUCGGAAUCCUCAUCGGCAGUGGCAGCCUCCGCCGCAGGCAAACAGCGCAAAUCAAAGAAAAAGAAGCGCAAGAAGGCUGCCGCCGAGUACGAUUACGAUGACGAUGACGACGACUUUGACGACCUCGGGGACGACUUUGAGGAGGAGGUCCCGGGCGCCUACGGCUCCGCCCUCUACAACCCAUCGGCGCCGAUCAUCGACCCGAACACGGGACGGGCGGGCAGCACGCCCAAGUCGCGUCGUCUGAAGGUGAAGUCGCAGAAGACGGUGGCGGAGAUCUGCGCAGAGCACGGCCUGGUCGACGUCGACUACGAGUUCACCGACGUCGACUACCAGAACCUGACCAGCUACAAACUCUUCUCGCAGCACAUUCGCCCGCUGAUUGCCAAGUGCAAUCCAAAGAUUCAGAUGCCCAAGAUGACGACCUUCAUGAGCGCCAAGUGGCGGGAGUUUACCGCCGCCAUGCCCUCGACGAUGGCCGCGGCAGCGGCGGCCGCUGAAGCAGCAGCAGCAGCAACCGCGGCAGCAAACUCUGCUGAAGCAUCUGAAUCUGUCGCUGCUGCCGAUCUUCAGUCGCCCUCUGUUUUAGAAGAGGAGCCAAUGGACACCAGCCUCACCGAGCCAACGGGCAAAAAGUCGAAAAAGGGCAGCAGCAACUCUUCUUUUGCUGCAACAGCUACCGACGUUUCCGCCACCGUCGCCUCAACUUCCUCUACCAACAACAGCAACUCCAAGGGCAAAUCAGUGCCCACGCUGAAGAUCAAGCUGGGCGCGCUGAGCAAGCGAAAGCGAGCCGCAGCAGCGGCCGCCGCCGCCAGCUCCGAAGAGGAAGAGGACAGUCCCUCCGAGCUGAACAAGAGCGACGUCGAGUUUGAGGCGGCUCUGGAAGAGGCGCAGCUGCUCGCCUCGCCGCCGCCCUCCUCAAAGUCGGGCGGAAAGAGCAAGCACGGCAAAGGGGGCGGCUUCAAAAAGGGCAGCAGCCUGAGCAGCAAAAACAAAACUGGCGCUCGGAAGAAGACAAAGACGACGGACAGCUUCCCCGGGAGCAGUGCCAGCCGCGACGACUCCGACUACGAGAACGGUGGCUACGAGACCGACCACCAGGACUACUGCGAGGUGUGUCAGCAGGGCGGCGAGAUCAUCCUCUGCGACACCUGCCCGCGCGCCUACCACCUCGUCUGCCUGGAGCCGGAGCUGGAGGAGGCGCCCGAGGGCAAGUGGAGCUGCCCGCACUGCGAGGGCGAGGGCAUUCCCGACCAGCUCGAGGCGGAGGAGGCCAACAAGGAGGGGGGCACCGCGAAGGAGGCCAAGGACGACCACCACAUGGAGUUCUGCCGGGUGUGCAAGGACGGCGGCGAGCUCCUGUGCUGCGACCUCUGUCCCCUCGCCUACCACACGCACUGUCUGAACCCGCCGCUGCGAGGCGUGCCCGACGGCGAGUGGCGCUGUCCGCGGUGCUCGGUGGAGCCGCUGAAGGGCAAGGUGGCGAAGAUCAUGCACUGGCGAUUUGUGGAGAUUCCCGCGGAGGAGAGCGCUGAAGAGGAGGCAAGUCCUGCAACUGUCCCCAUCGCCCCUCCGAAGCGCAAGCCAGUGGUGCACAAGCUGCGCGAGUUCUUCGUCAAGUGGCACGACAUGAGCUACUGGCACUGCAGCUGGAUCACCGAGCUGCAGCUGGAGGUGCACCACCCCUCGCUGUACCGCAACUACUGCCGCAAGAACGACAUGGACGAGCCGCCACCGCUGGACGACGGCUCCAGCUACGGCGAGGGCGAGGUGACCGCUGCGACGGGCAUGAAGCGCAAAGCUCGCCGCCGCUACGACCGCUCCGACGUCAAUCUCGAGGAGAAGUACUACCGCUACGGCAUCCGCCCCGAGUGGCUCUGCAUCCACCGCAUCAUCAACCACAAGCCGCUUCGCUCCGGCGGCGGCAACCUCUACCUGGUCAAGUGGCGAGACCUCCCCUACGACCAGUGCAGCUGGGAGGCGGAGGACGGCGGCCCGGACUUUCAGAUCAGCGACAUGAAGAAGGCCAUCGACGACUACUGGGACCUGAGGGCGGCGGCGGAGUACGUCGCCAGCAGUGGAAAGAGCGGCUCAAAGGGAGGCAACAACCUUCGAAGCAAGGGCCGCGGCAAAGGUGGCAGUUCAAAGAGGAGCGAGAGCGAGCUGGAGGAGCAAACAUCUACUUCAACUACCACCACCCCCUCAACUCGUCGGUACAGUCCCCCGCCGGACAAGCCCACCGUCGACCUGAAGAGAAAGCUCGACCGCCAGCCGCCGUACAUUGACGCCACCGGCAUGGAGAUGCACCCCUACCAGCUGGAGGGCAUCAACUGGCUGCGCUACAGCUGGGCCCACCGCACUGACACCAUCCUCGCCGACGAGAUGGGCCUCGGCAAAACGAUCCAGACCAUCGCCUUCCUCUACUCGCUCUUCAAGGAGGGCCACUGCCGGGGCCCGUUCCUCGUCUCCGCCCCGCUCUCCACCAUCAUCAACUGGGAGCGCGAGUUUGAGGUAUGGGCGCCGGACUUCUACGUGGUCACCUACAUCGGCGACAAGGAGAGUCGGGCGGUGAUUCGCGAGCACGAGCUCAGCUUUGAGGAGGGGGCGGUGCGCGGGGGGCCAAAGGCGAGUCGCAUGCGCAAGGACUACCCCAUCAAAUUUCACGUCCUGCUGACCAGCUACGAGCUGAACUGCAUCGACGCCGCCACUCUGAGCAGCGUCGAGUGGCAGAUUCUGGUGGUGGACGAGGCGCACCGGCUGAAGAACAACCAGUCCAAGUACUUUCGCGUCCUCAACACCUACCGCAUCAACUACAAGCUGUUGCUGACGGGCACGCCGCUGCAGAACAACCUCGAGGAGCUCUUUCACCUGCUCAACUUUCUCAGCUCGGCCAACUUUCAUGACAUGCAGGGCUUCCUCAACGAGUUCGCUGACAUCAGCAAGGAGGACCAGGUGAAGAAGCUUCAUGACCUUCUCGGGCCCCACCUCCUGCGCCGCCUGAAAGCGGACGUGCUGAAGGGCAUUCCCGCAAAGAGCGAGUUCAUCGUCCGCGUCGACCUGGCGCCCAUGCAGAAGAAGUACUACAAAUACAUUCUGACGCGCAACUUUGAGGCGCUCAACUCGAAGGGCGCCGGCGGCCACCAGGUCUCCCUCGUCAACAUCAUGAUGGACCUGAAGAAGUGCUGCAACCACCCGUACCUCUUUCCGGGCGCGGCGGCGGAGGCGCCCAAGCUGCAGAACGGCGCCUACGAGGUGAAGGCGCUGACGAAGGCCUGCGGCAAGCUGAUUCUCAUGCAGCGAAUGCUGCGCCAGCUCGCCGACCAGGGCCACCGCGUGCUGGUCUUCUCGCAGAUGACCAAGAUGCUCGACAUUCUGGAGGACUUUCUCGAGGGGGAGAACUACAAGUACGAGCGCAUCGACGGCGGCAUCACCGGCUCCCUCCGCCAGGAGGCCAUCGACCGCUUCAACGCGCCCGGCGCGCAGCAGUUCUGCUUUCUCCUCUCGACGCGAGCCGGCGGCCUGGGCAUCAACCUCGCCACCGCCGACACCGUCAUCAUCUACGACAGCGACUGGAAUCCGCACAAUGACAUUCAGGCAUUCAGUCGGGCGCACCGCAUCGGCCAGGCGAACAAGGUCAUGAUCUACCGCUUUGUGACGAGGGCCUCCGUGGAGGAGCGCAUCACCCAGGUGGCGAAGAAGAAGAUGAUGCUCACCCACCUGGUGGUCCGCCCGGGCAUGGGCAGCCGGGCGAGUGCCGCCAUGUCCAAGCAGGAGCUGGACGACAUUCUCCGCUUCGGCACGGAGGAGCUCUUCAAGGACGAGGAGGGCGUGACGGAGGGCGAGGGCAGACAGACGGAGAUUCACUACGACGACAAGGCCGUCGGCGAGCUGCUGGACCGCUCCAAGGAGGGCAUCGAGCAGAAGGAGAUGUGGGCCAAUGAGUACCUGAGCAGCUUCAAGGUGGCCAGCUACCAGACGAAGGACGCAGAGGAGGAGGAGGAGGACGGCCCGGAGACGGAGAUUCUCAAGCAGGAGGCGGAGAGCGCCGACCCCGCCUACUGGGAGAAGCUGCUCCGCCACCACUACGAGCAGCAGCAGGAGGACCUGGCGAGGACGCUCGGAAAGGGAAAGCGCCUGAGAAAGCAGGUCAACUACAAUGACGGAGGAGGCGGUGGUGGAAGUAACCUGGGAGGCUCACAGGACGACCAGAACUGGCAAGAGAAUGUCUCCGACUACAAUUCGGACUUUUCGGCGAACUCAGACGAUAACGAAGACGACGAGUACGACGACAAUCGCGAGGAGAAGGGCUUUCUCCGGCGCAAGGGCCGCAAUGAAAAGGACCGCCCGCUGCCGCCACUGCUCGCCCGCGUGGGCGGCAGUAUUGAGGUCUUGGGCUUCAACGCUCGCCAGCGCAAGGCCUUCUUCAAUGCGAUCAUGCGCUACGGAAUGCCGCCGCAAGACGCCUUCAACAGCCAGUGGCUGGUGCGCGAUCUGCGCGGCAAGUCGGAGCGCAACUUCUGGGCCUACGUGUCGCUCUUUAUGCGCCACCUCUGCGAGCCGGGGGCGGACCACGCGGAGACCUUCGCCGACGGCGUCCCCCGGGAGGGCAUCAGUCGGCAGCACGUGCUGACGCGCAUCGGCGUCAUGUCGCUGAUCAGGAAGAAGGUGACUGAGUUUGAGCACACCAACGGCCAUGUCAGCAUUCUCAACGCCAUCCUCGGACUGGAUGGAGGUAGUGGGGAAGGAGGACUCAACGGCGGAGAAGGACUUUCCACAAACGGCUCUGGCUCGGCGGCGGAAGAGGGCGCUGACCAGAGCUCAUCGGGGCCCAGCUCAUCGGCAACUCCAACGCCUCAAAUCAAAAAGGAGGAGGAGGAAAAUGAUGAUGACGACGGUGAGACAAAUGCCGAUGACUUGAGCUCAAAAGCCAAGGAGUCGCCGGUAGUGGCCAAGGAGGACGAGGCCUCCUCAAAGAGCGGCGGCAAGGACAGCAAGGAGAAAGAGGAAAAGGACAACAAGGAGAACCUGACCAACAGCGAGGCGAACAACCUGGAAAACGGAGGAGGGGUGAGCAGCAAACAGCAGCAGCUGCUGGCGGCCAUCAGCAGCGAGCAGAAGAAGGUAGGCAAGUUUCUCUUCAACAUUGCCGAUGGCGGCUUCACCGAGCUGCACUCGCUGUGGGCAAACGAGGAGAAGGCGGCAGUGCCGAACCGGGAGAUGGAGAUCUGGCACCGCCGGCACGACUACUGGCUCCUGGCGGGCAUCAUCAAGCACGGCUACGGCCGAUGGCAGGACAUUCAGAAUGAUCCCAUCUUUAGCAUUAUCAAUGAGCCCUUCAAGAUGGACGCCGGCAAGGGCAACUUUCUGGAGAUCAAGAACAAGUUCCUCGCGCGGCGCUUCAAGCUGCUGGAGCAGGCGCUGGUGAUUGAGGAGCAGCUGCGGCGGGCCGCCUACCUCAACCUGACGCAGGAUCUCAACCACCCGGUGAUGGCGCUGAACAGCCGCUUCAGCGAGCUGGAGUGCCUCGCAGAGUCCCACCGCGAGCUGGCCAAGCAGGGCGAGUCGCUGCUGGCCAGCAAGCCGGUCAACGCCGUCCUCCACAAGGUGCUCAACCAGCUGGAGGAGCUGCUGUCAGACAUGAAGUCGGACGCGAGUCGCCUGCCCGCCGCACUGGUGCGCAUUCCCUCCGUCAGCCAGCGGCUGCAGAUGUCGGAACGAGUGAUUCUCUCUCGACUGACCACACAACCUCAGCCGCAGCCCUUCAAUGUUGCCGCCGGUGGCGGAAACAUUCAUGGUGGUGGUGUUGGUGGAAGCCAGGCCGCCGGACUGACGGCUUUUAGCAACCUGGCAGCGGCGGCAGCGGCUGCGGCCGCAGCAGCUGCUGCUGGCAAGUUGUAA